CUCUUUGCAAAUCUCAAUGUCUGACUACGCCGACAUUUCCGAACUUCAGCCAAAGCUCGCCUCGCUGGUCAUCGCGCCAGUCCCCUCGAGCGACACGCUGGGCACGUCGUACCUGCAGGCCCCGGGCCACUUCAACCCGCCGACACUGCCCCCGCGUGGACGAGCGGCGACGCUGGCCACACCGACGACGUCCGACCCGUUGUACGCCGUUGUCGACAAGAAGCUCAAGACGGCCGUGCUGGGAAAUGCCGCCCCGCGCCCGCACGAUCGCUUCACGGAAGCCGAGCUCGACUCUGUCUUUGACGAUCUCGACAUCAUGGCCUCGGCCAUCCUCAGCGCGGGCAAGGGUGCAGGCAUGAACACGGUCGCCUUCCGCGACGCUGCUCCCUCGCCGCUCGUGGCCCCGCGCCCCGCAAGCCUGUUCUUCCCCGAUGGCGAGAAGCCACCACUGCCGGCAAACCAUCCUGCUGAGCGCACAAAGUCGGACGUGUACGAUGUGCCCGCAGACACCAUUCUGAGCGCUGCCGCCGCUCGCUCGCUCACCUCGGCCCAGUCGUUCGUCUCGAGCCCCGAAUACGAGUCCUUCUCCGACCUCAAGAAGGCACCGGCAACGCUUCCGCGCUCUGCCCAGCUCAACUAUGCCAGUCUAGCUCACGCCUCGGGCGCCGAAGCCGCCCAGGCCCUUGCGCCCGAACCCGCCAAGAAGGAGGAGCCGGCCGCCGAGCCCGUCCCUCAGCACGACGCUGCCGGUGUGCCCUUGUGCGCUACGUGCCGCAACCCUGUGACGUCGACACAGCCCGCGCUGGAAGCGCUUGGUCGAACAUGGCACCACGACCACUUUGUUUGCCACGCGUGCAAGCUGCCCAUUACCGGCAACUUUUUCCACCAUAACGACAUGCCGUACUGCCACCGCGAUUACCUCAACGCAAUUGCACCAAAGUGCGCGCUUUGCAACCUGCCGGUGGUGGAACGUGGCUUGCACGCCAUGAACAAGGACUGGCACGCAGCAUGCUUUGCCUGCGCCAAGUGCGGCAGCCCUCUCAAGGAGUACAUGCUGGUCAAUGGCAAGCCUUACUGCCAGGAAGGCACCUGCAAGGUCUCUCUCAGCUCUGCGGAUGUCAAGCAGGGCGACCACUGCCGUGGAUGCCAAGCGCUCAUUACUGACGAGUUUCUCGUCGCGCUUGGUGCUCAUUGGCACAAGCCUUGCUUUUGCUGCAAGACUUGCGGAAGCCAGUUGCAAGACGGCGGCUUCUUUGUGCACGAAGGCCACCCUUACUGCAUUCUGGACUACCAAGCGGUUACGGGCGUGAUUUGUGUUACUUGCAGCAAACCCAUUGUCGGUGAGGUUCUCACCUUCAAUUCGUCGUACUAUCACAAGACCUGCUUCACAUGCGAACGCCCAGGCUGCCCUGAAGUGCUCGGAGGGCAGUUUUACAACUUUAACAACAAGAGAUUCUGUGUCGCACAUGGCACGGAAAUGCUGCAGAACUUGACCGCAAAGUACAUUUACACUGGUAGUAAAUAAGUCUGCCCCCAUGCGAUCGGAUGGCGGUCAAUCCCCAAUUUUGGUGUUUUUUUUUUUUUCUUUUUGUUCUGCUUUUGUCUUGUUUCGCCUAGCCAUGUGCUAGCUGUGCUUUUUGUUCGGUUUGGUCUUAUUUUUUUGCUCGUUUUUCUGUCUGCAUUUUUUGACGGUAUUGUGCAGCACCAUGGAUGUGAUGAUUGUUGUUACUGUUUGUCACGACGUAAACCAUUA